AUGGAGGUCACUACGGCUGCGGCGCCAGGCACUGCUGCCAACGGCGUUGCUGCGGCAGCGCCGUUCCCGACCAUCGAGCCCGAACGCGUGGUUGAGCACUUGGCCGCCGUCUGUGGCAUCGCUCUCGGCGCUACACGAGACGAGCUGGAGCAAGUCGGCAGUCUGCUACACAAGGGCCGCUAUGCAGACACCAUUUCGCGCUGUACUCGGUUUGCGGGCGAUGCCCAGAAUGUCCUUUACAUCCAGAAAGACCUCGCAAACCUGACGGUAGAAUCUGGGGCCGACACCACUGUCCCAACUGCCUACAACUACACCCUCUCGAACGAGAUCUCUUCGUCGUCCACGACGGUGGCCUCGCUCGUUCUUCUAAAGCCUCCCCAAGCCAUCGAUCCGACCCGAUCCCUUACUUCUCAGAUAUUCAUUACUAAUUUGCCUGGCCCGGCCUCCCUCGCUGCCGUGGGAGAGCAAGGCACGGCCCUUUCACCUUUCGAGGUUCUUCAUUCUCAUGUCCACCAUGCCUUGGUGCCGUACUUCGACGCCAACACCAAGAGCUUGCAGCUAGCCAACGGAUCGAGGGGACGAGCUGAUGUCGACGCCAAGACAGGCAUCCCCGUAACAAAGAAGCGACUCAACGAUCUGGAGCUGAGUCUGCUUCAUCUUCAGCAAAAUGUCGAUAUCCCCGAGAUUUCGCUGACCUUCCACGCCGCAAUCCAGGACGUCCUCGACUUGGCCGAGGCUGGGCACACACGACCGUCCAUCGAUGGGAUCCCGAAAGACGUUGUCCAAGACAGUAAAUUCCUCAACAAGCUGCAAGCGAAUGUGAAUACAUGGAUCAAGUCGAUUCAGGGUAUCACCAAGUUGACCAAGGAUCCUUCCUCGAAUGCGAACCAGGAGUUCAGCACGGCUAGCCAGGAAGUUAAUUUCUGGCUGUCGAUGGAGUCAGCGCUGGAGGGUAUUGAGGUCCAGCUGAGGAGUGAAGGCGUCCUACUCACCCUCGAGGUUCUCAAGAAUGCCAAGCGUUUCCAAGCCACCGUGAGCUUCACGGCCGAUACGGGCUUGAAGGAAGCCAUGGACAAGGUGCAGAAGUACAACCAGCUCAUGAAAGACUUCCCCCUGGAUGAGUUGCUGUCUGCUACGUCUCUGUCCAAGGCUCAGGAGGCUAUCGCGCAGAUUUUCGGGCAUCUGAACAAGAAGCUGAGGAUAUGUCCCUACCCGAUUCGAAGAGCCCUACCUCUGGUCGAGGCCAUCUCGGCCGACCUGGACGACGUGCUUCAUCGCCUCCUUCCUGGCACCGAGCUGGUGAACCUUGAUUACCAGCAGUUCCAGAGUAUCAUGGGAACUUGUAACGACAUCUUCCGGACCUGGGAGGAGAACGUCAAGGAGUUCACCAAUGUGGCUCGUGAGGUGACCCGCCGCCGAAACGAGAAAUUUAUCCCCAUCAAGAUCAACAAGAAGCACUCUGAACUUGAGUCGAGGAUUAAGUACGUCAGCACUUUCCGCGACAACCACGAGCAGCUCCAGCGCACCAUCGUCAACGUGCUGGGCCCCCAGGCCACCGUUCUCGGUGUCACCGAGACGACUGGCACCAACGGCAUUACCAUGGAUGAGAUGGGCGACGUCGAUGCUGUCGAGGAAGUGAAGCAGGCUUGGGAUGCUCUUCUGAAUGUCGACUUGUUGGAUGUCACCGAUCAGGGCAAGGAACGCUGGGUCCGAGCAGAGAACCUGUACAAUGAGCGAACAACGAGAGUUGAGAACUCCAUCAUCGCGAGACUUCGAGAUCGACUUGCUACAGCCAAGACUGCAAACGAAAUGUUCCGAGUCUUCUCCAAGUUCAACGCGCUUUUUGUGCGACCCAAGAUUCGUGGCGCCAUCCAGGAGUACCAGAACCAGCUGAUGGCCCAUGUUAAGCGGGCUAUUAACGGACUGCACGAGCGAUUCAAACAGCAAUAUGGCCAUUCAGAGACCCACGCUAUGGCUCAGUUGCGCGAUCUCCCCCCUGUGUCCGGUGCUAUCAUCUGGGCUCGUCAAAUCGAGUUCCAGCUAGAGGGCUACAUGAGGAAGGUUGAGGCUGUGCUCGGCCCUGACUGGACUCUGCACGCCGAAGGCCACAAGCUUCAGGAGGAGAGUGAACUGUUCAAGCAGAAGCUCGACACUGCUCGAAUUUACGAGGCUUGGCUCGCUGACGUUAACCGACGCAAGAUCUCCAUCUCCGGCCAGCUUUUCGACAUCAUGCGUGUCCGAUCUGCUGGUGGUAUCCUUGAACUGGCUGUCAACUUUGAUUCUCAGAUCAUCACCCUGUUCAAGGAAACACGUAACUUGACCUGGCAAUCAUACUCCGUUCCUCAUGCUGUUACGACCGUGUCGAAGGAUGCGAAGCGAGUCUAUCCAUAUGCCGUUAGCCUCAUGGAGAGCGUCAGGACUCUGUCUCAGACUCUGCGACAAAUAUCUGUCAUGGGAGAUGAAUCUAUCCUUCUCAACGGACACCGCAACGAUGUCUACAAGAUGAUCAGUGAAGGUGUCCCUCUCCGAUGGGAAUCAUUCAUCAACUCUCACGAGCUCUUCUACUCUGACCCAAGGCAAAAUCGGCCACUCCUCCCUGGCGGACCCGACUUUGGCCUUGCCAAGAACACCGAGAGCAAACAUGGCAUGUUUAUUCGAGGCUUCGCCGCGGCUGUGUCUGUGCUCCAGAGCAAGGUUGUUGCAUUGAACUUCAUCCACGCAACUGUCGAGCAGGCGCUCAAGGAGCUCAAUACCUGUGCUUAUGAUGAGACAGCCUUCCAGUCCCGUCUGGAUACGAUCCAGUCUGCUGUUGAUCAGCUGAACCUGGAGCAAUAUGUAAACCUUGACUUUUGGGUGCGAGGCUUGAACGCCCAGGUUCAAUCGAUCCUUCUCACCCGUCUCCAGAGCGCUGUCCUUUCCUGGAUUUCGGCAUUUGAGGAUGAGUCGAUUGAAGAUGAGAGACGCAAGCAGAACAACCCAGAGGAAGGAAAACCUGAAGGCCCGACCAUGAAACGCCUCGUACUGGAACUCGCCAUGCGCAACCAAGUCAUCUACCUCGAUCCUCCGCUGGAAUACGCACGAGCUGGUUGGUUCCUCCACCUGCACGAGUGGCUUGGAAUCGUCUGCAACCUCCGCAAGAUCAAGGCCACUCGCUACCAGAUGAGCCUCAUUACCACCGUCAACGACGAGCCCCGCUUCACCGACCUGCCCUCGGAGUGUGCUGAUCUGCUCCAGCGUGUGUACGUAUCUGUGGAGAAUAAGCUCCAGGAGAUUGGUGCAUACGUCGAUAAAUGGCUUCAAUUCCAGUCUCUCUGGGACCUUCAGUCUGAGCAAGUCUAUGAUGCUCUUGGUGAACAACUUCCUCGAUGGUUGCAGCUUCUCCAAGAGAUUCGCAAGACCCGAUCUACCUUUGACACGCAGGAAGUCAGUCGCGCGUUUGGACAUCUUACCAUUGACUAUGACCAGGUUCAGACCAAGGUCAACGCUAAGUAUGAUCAGUGGCAGCACGAGAUUCUCAUGAAGUUUGCUAGCCGUCUCAGCAAUCGCAUGCGAGAUGUCAACGCGGAUAUUGAGAAGGCCCGAAAGGAUCUCGAGAGCCAGAGCUCGGAUGCGUCGUCAACUGCCCAAGCCGUCCAGUUUAUUACUGUCGUCCAGAGCUGCAAGCGCAACGUCAAGACGUGGGCCCCUGAAAUCGACAUGUUCCGCCAAGGACAGUCGACGCUCAUCAGACAACGUUACCAGUUCCCUAACGACUGGUUGCAUAUCGAACAGAUCGACAGUCAGUGGGAAGCACUCAAGGAGAUCUUGGAAAAGAAGUCCAGGAUCGUCCAGGACCAGACUGAUGCGCUGCGAGCCAAAAUCUUUACAGAGGAUAAGCUCGUAAACGAGAGAAUUGCCGAGAUUGCUGCUCAGUGGAACGAGGAGAAGCCAGUUUCUGGAACGAUCCAGCCAGAUGUUGCUUCGGCUACCCUCAGCUCGUUCGAGCAACGCAUUUCUAAGCUUCAACACGACUCCCAGAUGGUUUUGAAGGCGAAGGAGGCACUUGAUAUCCCAGUCACCUCCGACAACUCUCUUGAGGCCACCCUUGAGGAAAUCCGCGACUUUCAAUCUGUCUGGUCGAACCUCGCCACCAUCUGGGCGAGUCUCAACGAGACCCGCGAUAUUUUGUGGACUGCUGUGCAGCCACGCAAAAUUCGAUCCAAGGUGGACGAUCUCAUCAAGAGCACCAAGGAGAUGCCCAGCAGGAUGCGACAAUAUGCUGCCUUUGAGCACGUCCAGGGCAUUCUGCGUGGCUUCCUCAAGGUCAAUCCCAUUCUUUCCGACCUCAAGUCUGAUGCCAUUCGUGAACGACAUUGGCAAAAGAUCUACAAGCAGAUCAAGCCGCAGAAGCGCUUCUCUCCCAGCUCAAUGACUCUUGGUGACGUUUGGGAUCUUAACUUGGUAGCAACCGAAGUCAUCGUCAAGGACAUCAUCGCCCAGGCUCAAGGCGAGAUGGCUCUGGAGGAGUUCCUUAAGCAGGUUCGCGAGACCUGGCAGAACUAUGCACUGGAGAUGGUAGGAUACCAGAAUAAGUGCCGACUUAUUCGUGGUUGGGAUGACCUCUUUGCCAAGUGCAGCGAGAACUUGAACUCUUUGCAGGCCAUGAAGCAUUCGCCCUACUACAAGGAGUUUGAGGAAGAAGCUGUUUCCUGGGAAGACAAGCUCAAUCGCGUGCACGUCUUGUUCGAUGUGUGGAUUGAUGUGCAACGCCAGUGGGUGUACCUGGAAGGCGUCUUCACUGGUAACCUGGACAUCAAGCAUCUUCUCCCCAUCGAGUCGGGACGUUUCCAGAACAUCAACAGCGAGUUCCUUGCCGUCAUGAAGAAGGCCAACAAGACACCCUAUGUCCUUGAUGUCCUGAAUAUUCCGAAUGUGCAAAAGUCUCUCGAGCGACUGGCGGAGAUGCUCAACAAGAUCCAGAAAGCUCUUGGUGAAUACCUGGAGAAGGAGCGAGUGUCGUUCCCCCGAUUCUACUUCGUCGGUGACGAAGACUUGUUGGAGAUGAUUGGUAACAGUAACGACACGCUGCGUAUUGCCAAGCACUUCAAGAAGAUGUUCGCCGGCUUGUCGGGUCUCAUUAUGGACGACGAGACUGUUAUCUCUGGCUUCACAUCGAAGGAGGGCGAGGCUGUUCGGUUGAAGAAAGAGAUUUCUUUGGCAAAGACCCCGAGAAUCAAUGACUGGUUGGCGCUUUUGGAGGGUGGAAUGAAGGCGACCCUCGCCGAGUUGUUGGCAGAGGCCGUCGAGCAGUACACGCCUAUAUUUGAAUCGGAGAACAUUGACCGUGCUGCCCUGAACCAAUUUAUGGAGGCCUUCCCUAGCCAGAUUGUCGUUCUUGCUACCCAGGUUGCUUGGACUACGGCCGUCGAAAAUUCGCUGGCGGCUGGCGGCAAGACAUUGAAGGCACUGUUUGAACUCGAAGUGGAAGUUCUCCGCGUCCUUGCUGAUACCGUUUUGGGAGACCUCGAAAUCAUCCAGCGAAAGAAGUGCGAACAGUUGAUUACCGAAUGUGUCCACCAGCGCGAUACAAUCGAGAAUCUCUUCAACGCCAACGCCGAGUCUCCCAGUCACUAUCUCUGGCAGCUGCAGAUGCGCUAUGUAAACAACCCCGAAGGGGACUUUAUUGACCGUCUCCACAUCAAGAUGGCCAAUGCGAAGCUCAACUAUGGCUUUGAAUACUUGGGCGUUCCGGAUCGACUUGUCCGCACUCCCCUUACAGACCGAUGCUUCCUCACUCUCACUCAAGCCUUGUGCCAACGCCUCGGUGGUUCGCCCUACGGACCUGCCGGUACAGGUAAAACGGAAUCAGUCAAAGCCCUUGGUCUGCAGCUGGGUAGAUUCACCCUUGUCUUCUGCUGUGACGACACUUUCGAUUUCCAGGCCAUGGGCCGAAUCUUCCUGGGUAUCUGCCAAGUGGGUGCUUGGGGUUGUUUCGAUGAGUUCAAUCGUCUGGAGGAGCGUAUCCUGUCUGCUGUCUCGCAACAAAUCCAGAAUAUCCAGCUGGGUCUUAAGCAAGGUGUAGAGGAUGACCAGGCCCAGAUCGAGCUGGUCGGUCGCCAGCUCCAUGUCAACGAGAACACUGGUAUCUUCAUCACCAUGAACCCUGGAUAUGCAGGCCGUUCCAACCUGCCCGACAACUUGAAGAAGCUUUUCCGCAGUGUCGCCAUGUCGAAGCCCGACAAGGAACUCAUUGCCGAAGUCAUGCUGUACUCCCAGGGUUUCAACCAAGCCAAACAACUCUCAAAGCAGACAGUACCCUUCUUCGAUCAAUGUUCUGCCAAGCUUUCCAAACAGGCUCACUAUGACUUCGGUUUGCGUGCACUGAAGAGUGUCCUGGUCAGCUCUGGUGGCCUGAAGCGUGCUCGCCUUGGCCAAGGCACUCUUGGCGUCGAAGAAGUUGUCGAGCCCGAGAUUAUCGUGCAGAGCAUUCGCGAAACCAUUGCACCGAAGUUGAUCAAGUCCGAUGUCGAUAUCAUGACAUCCAUUGAGGGUGACUGCUUCCCGGGCGUGGACUACGUCCCUGCUAACCUUGAGGCUCUGGAAGAUGCAAUUCGCUUCCUCGCUGCUGAGCGCCACCUUGUCGUCAAUGAGCUCUGGAUGACCAAGGUUCUCCAGCUGUACCAAAUCCAGAACAUUCACCAUGGUGUCAUGAUGGUUGGUAACUCUGGUUCCGGAAAGUCUGUCGCCUGGAGGCUCCUGCUCGAUGCCCUUCAAAAGGUUGAAGGCGUUGAAGGCGUGUCUCACGUCAUUGAUUCAAAGGUCAUGUCGAAGGAAGCCUUGUACGGAAACCUCGACUCAACCACUCGCGAAUGGACGGAUGGUUUGUUCACGAGCAUCCUGCGAAAGAUUGUCGAUAACCUGCGUGGCGAGGAUUCCAAACGACACUGGAUCGUCUUCGACGGUGAUGUGGAUCCCGAGUGGGUUGAGAACUUGAACAGUGUGCUUGACGACAACAAGCUACUUACCCUGCCCAAUGGUGAGCGUCUCAACUUGCCUUCAAAUGUUCGAAUCAUGUUCGAAGUUGAGACACUUAAAUACGCUACCCUUGCCACUGUCAGUCGAUGCGGUAUGGUCUGGUUCAGCGAGGACACUGUCUCCCCUACCAUGAUGGUAACCAACUACCUCGAGACUCUUCGCAGCGUUCCUUUCGAAGACUUGGAUGAGGAUAGUGUCACGACAGGACACAACCCCGCUAAGACGUUGGCGGUCCAAGGACAGUUUGCCGAUCUGCUUCAAGUGUACCUGAGUGAGGAAGACUUCAUGCUCCAAGCGUUGAAGCGGGCCGAAGGCUACAACCACAUCAUGGACUUCACUGUUGCUCGUGUGCUCGGCACCCUGUUCUCGCUGCUGAACAAGGCCGUGAGAGAUGUUAUCGAGUACAACGUCCAACACUCUGAUUUCCUUCUCGACCCAGAGCAGAUUGAAGCCUUUGCCUCGAAGAAGCUUCUGUUGGCGCUUGUUUGGGCCCUCACUGGUGACUGCCCCCUCAACGAUCGAAAGUCAUUCGGCGAUGAUAUCUGUGCCUUUGCCAACUUUGGUUCCCCGCCGCUUGAUGGCACGAGCUCUCUGAUUGACUUCGAUGUUACCCUGCCCAAGGCCGAAUGGUCCCCGUGGCAGAGCCAGGUUCCCACUGUGGAGGUCAACACCCACUCCAUUACUCAAACUGAUGUCGUCAUCCCUACACUCGAUACGGUUCGCCACGAGGAUGUGCUCUACUCUUGGCUUGCGGAGCACAAGCCUCUGCUGCUUUGCGGUCCCCCUGGUUCGGGUAAAACAAUGACUCUCUUCAGCGCACUGCGCAAGCUGCCCAACAUGGAGGUUGUCGGCCUUAACUUCUCCAGCGCGACUACCCCCGAUCUCCUCAUCAAGACCUUUGAGCAGUACUGCGAGUACAAGAAGACUCUCAAUGGCGUUAUGCUCUCACCGACCCAGAUUGGCCGAUGGCUGGUUAUCUUCUGUGACGAAAUCAACUUGCCCGCCCCUGACAAGUAUGGAACCCAGCGAGCCAUCUCCUUCUUGCGCCAACUUGUCGAGCACAAUGGUUUCUGGCGAACCUCCGAUAAGUCUUGGGUUACACUCGACCGGAUCCAAUUCGUCGGCGCCUGUAACCCUCCCACCGACGCUGGUCGUACCCCUAUGGGUGCCCGAUUCCUCCGACACGCUCCCCUGAUCAUGGUUGAUUACCCCGGUGAGCUGUCUCUGAACCAGAUCUACGGCACUUUCAAUACGGCGGUCCUCAAGAUCAUCCCAUCCCUUCGUGGAUAUGCAGAGCCUCUUACACACGCUAUGGUUCGCUUCUAUCUCGAGUCUCAAAAGAGAUUCACGCCCAAGAUCCAACCCCAUUACGUAUACAGUCCUCGUGAGUUGACUCGUUGGGCCCGUGGUGUGUACGAAGCCAUUCGACCGCUGGAGACCUUGUCCAUUGAGGGUCUCAUUCGUAUCUGGGCCCACGAGGCUCUCCGCCUGUUCCAGGAUCGUUUGGUCGCGGAGGAUGAGCGCAAGUGGACUGACGAUAUGGUACGGAAAAUCGCCCUUGAGCACUUCCCUACGAUUGACGAAGAAAAGGCCCUUGGUGGCCCCAUCCUCUUCUCCAACUGGUUGUCCAAGAACUAUGUCCCCGUUCAUCGCGAGCAGCUGAGAGACUUUGUCAAGGCCAGAUUGAAGACUUUCUGCGAGGAAGAGGUCGAUGUCCCUUUGAUCCUCUUUAACGAUGUCUUGGAGCAUGUAUUGCGCAUUGACCGUGUCUUCCGACAACCCCAAGGACACUUGAUUCUCAUUGGUGUCAGUGGCAGUGGCAAGACUACGCUUUCCCGCUUCGUGGCGUGGAUGAAUGGUCUUAAGGUCUUCCAGAUCAAAGUCCACGGUAGGUACUCUGCCGAGGACUUUGACGACGAUCUUCGAGAUGUCCUCCGUCGCUGUGGUUGUAAGGGUGAGAAGAUUUGCUUCAUCAUGGACGAGUCCAACGUUCUGGACUCGGGUUUCCUGGAGAGAAUGAACACACUCCUGGCCAACGCCGAAGUCCCUGGUCUGUUCGAGGGAGAUGAGCACGCAGCCCUCAUGACAGCUUGCAAGGAAGGUGCUCAGCGACAGAACCUCCACCUAGACUCGCCCGAUGAGUUGUACAAGUGGUUUACCCAGCAGAUCGUCAAGAACCUACACGUCGUCUUUACGAUGAACCCGCCAGAGGAUGGCCUCUCGUCUAAGGCAGCCACCAGUCCCGCCUUGUUCAAUCGAUGUGUGCUUAACUGGUUCGGAGACUGGUCUGACCAGGCGCUCUUCCAGGUCGGCCAUGAACUGACCCAGAAGAUCGACUUGGAUCGGCCGAACUUCAAUUCUCCUGACACUAUCCCGGUUGCCUACCGCGGUCUUCAAUUGCCGCCCUCUCACCGAGAAACAGUUGUCAACUCGAUGGUGUACAUCCACUACUCACUUCAGCGUUACAACGAGAAGCUGCUGAAGCAGCAAGGCAAGGUGACCUUCCUUACUCCUCGACACUUCCUCGACUUUGUUGCGCAGUUUGUCACUCUGUACAACGAGAAGCGUGAAGAUCUGGAGGAGCAGCAGCGCCAUCUAAAUGUCGGUCUUGAGAAGCUCAGGGAUACCGUCGACAAAGUGCGAGAUCUCCGGGUGAGUCUCGCUGAAAAGAAGACGCAGCUGGAGCAGAAGGAUGCGGAGGCGAACGAAAAGUUGCAGCGCAUGGUCGCCGACCAGCGCGAGGCAGAACAGAGGAAGAGUACGUCGCUAGAAAUCCAGGCGGCGUUGGAGAAGCAAGAGUUUGAGGUUGCUACACGAAAGAAGGUUGUUUUGGAGGAUCUCGCAAAGGCAGAGCCUGCAGUCGAGGAGGCCAGGUCCAGUGUCAGCAACAUCAAGCGUCAACAUUUGACUGAGAUCAGGUCUAUGGGUAAUCCGCCCCAGGGUGUCCGCCUAGCCCUCGACGCCGUCUGCGCAUUGCUCAGCCAUAAGAUCAACGACUGGAAGGCUAUACAAGCCGUGGUGCGAAAGGAUGACUUCAUUGCCAGUAUCCUCGGAUUCGACAACGAGAAGCAAAUGACGAAGUCCCUCAGGAACAAGAUGCGCAAUGAGUUCUUGUCCAACCCCGAGUUCACGUUCGAGAAGGUCAACCGUGCCUCCAGGGCCUGUGGUCCCUUGGUCCAGUGGGUUACUGCCCAGGUUAACUACUCCGAUAUCCUGGAUCGUGUUGGUCCCCUCAAGAUCGAAGUUACCCAGCUUGAAGAGGAUGCGCUAGAGACCAAGGCCAACGCGAAGGCUGUGGAGAACAACAUCAUCGAGCUCGAGACCAGCAUUAACACGUACAAGACUGAAUAUGCUGCACUCAUCAGCGAAACACAGGCGAUCAAGUCUGAAAUGUCAAAGGUUCAAUUCAAGGUUGACCGCAGUGUCAGGCUACUGGAUAGUCUGUCAUCUGAGAGAGUUCGUUGGGAAGACGGAAGCAAGUCUUUCGAGACGCAGAUCAACACCCUUGUCGGGGACGUCGUUGUAGCCGCGGCCUUCCUGGCAUACAGCGGUCUCUACGAUCAGACAUUCCGAAAGUCCAUGAUCGACGACUGGUUCCACCAGCUUCAUCUUUCUGGCAUCCAGUACAAGUCGACCAACCCAAUCACCGAGUAUCUCUCCACAGCGGAUGAGCGUCUGGGCUGGCAGGAGAACACCCUUCCCGUUGACGAUCUGUGCACAGAAAAUGCCAUCAUUCUCAAGCGCUUCACUCGGUACCCACUCAUCAUCGACCCCUCAGGACGAAUGACCGAGUUCCUGCAGAAAGAGUGCAAGGACCGCCGCUUGACAGUUACCAGCUUCUUGGAUGACACGUUCACAAAGCAACUGGAGAGUUCUCUCCGAUUCGGAAACCCUAUCCUCAUUCAAGACGCGGAGCACCUCGACCCCAUUCUCAACCAUGUUCUCAACAAGGAAUACCAAAAGACGGGUGGACGUACUCUCAUCCAGCUUGGCAAGCAGGAAAUUGACUUCUCACCGUCAUUCAAGCUUUAUCUGUCAACUCGAGACCCGUCGGCUACUUUCGCGCCGGAUAUCUGCAGUCGAACAACCUUUGUUAACUUUACAGUCACUCAGAGCAGUCUUCAGACUCAGUCACUUAACGACGUGCUCAAGUCGGAGCGCCCUGACGUUGACGAAAGGCGUUCCAACCUCAUCAAGCUGCAAGGAGAGUUCAAGAUCCACUUGCGCCAGCUCGAGAAGCGACUGCUCCAGGCCCUCAAUGAGUCUCGCGGCAACAUCCUAGAUGACGACAAUGUCAUUGAGACCCUCGAGACUUUGAAGACAGAGGCAGCCGAGAUUUCCAUCAAGAUGAGCAACACUGAAGGUGUCAUGGCUGAAGUGGAAGAAAUCACACAGCAGUACAGCAUCAUCGCCCGAUCUUGCAGUGCUGUCUUUGCAGUUCUGGAGCAGCUACACUACAUCAACCAUUUCUACCAGUUCUCGCUCCAAUACUUCCUCAACAUCUUCCAAUCGGUGCUGCAUGGCAAUAAGAACCUCGCCAACGAGACGAACCACAAUGUUCGCCGCGACGUGAUCGUCAAAGAUUUGUUUGUCAACACGUUCAAGCGGACUGUGCUUGGUCUGCUCCAGAAAGACCGCGUUACUCUGGGCAUGCUGCUUGCACAGGCCUCUCCCUACAAGAUGGACAAGACCUUGAUUGAUGUCAUUCUCGACAACCGUGUCGAAGGCAAUGACUUGUCCUCAACCCCCGGCAACAAGGAUGAAGCAUUUGCACAGGCCAAGAAGCUUAGCAUUGUCAAGGAGAAGAUCGAUGCCGUGUCGACGGAGGAUUGGGAUAAGUUCUUUUCUGAGGAACUGGCCGAGAAUUUCGUACCGCAGAUCUGGGAUGAGAAGACUGAUGCCAAUGAUCAAUCCCUCCUGUCUCUUCUGCUUCUCAAGCUUUUCCGCAUGGAUCGAUUUGUGCCCGCUGCGGAGCGUUUUGUGGGCCAAAUCUUCGGAUCUGACAUCUUUGAUGUGGUGGAGGACCUGAAGGAGGCCGCAGAACAGGUGUCCGCAACUCUGCCAAUCUCACUGGUAUCCAGCCCCGGCUUCGACGCAAGUUACAAGGUCGACAAUUUGGUCGAGCGAAUGCGUGUCAAGUGCACCAACAUUGCCAUGGGUUCCAACGAGGGUCUUGCCAGUGCCGACAAGGCCAUCAGCAACGCUGCCCAGACUGGCUCAUGGGUCUUGGUCAAGAACGUACACUUGGCUCCCACCUGGCUUCAGAGCCUGGAAAAGCGUAUGGAGUCUCUCAACCCACACGCCGAGUUCCGCCUCUUCCUAUCCAUGGAGUCCAGUCCAAAGAUUCCGGUCAACCUUCUUCGAGCCUCGCGUGUGCUCAUGUACGAGCAGCCCGCAGGUGUAAGAGCCAACAUGAAGGACUCCAUGACGUCGCUUUCCGCCCGGCCCACUAAGGGCCCCGUGGAGAGGACAAGACUGUACCUGCUCCUGUCAUUCCUCCACGCCGUGGUGCAGGAGAGACUGCGGUACGCGCCAAACCUCGGUUGGAAGGGUUUCUGGGAAUUCAACGACAGCGACUACGAAUGCUCUACUUUCAUCGUUGACACUUGGAUCGAUGGCGUGGCAGGCAAUCGAACGAAUAUCGCUCCUCAGAACAUUCCCUGGGAGAUGGUGCGCUACUUGGUAACGGAGACGUACGGUGGCAAGAUCGACGACGAGGGUGACUUCAAGCUCCUCUCCCAGCUCGUCACAAAUUUCCUCACUCCGGCUGCGUAUGAGGUUGACCACAAGCUUGUCGACGGACCCGACGGUGGCCUAGUUGUCCCCUCGGGUACCAGCCUUCAGGACUGUAUGGCUUGGAUCCACAAACUGCCUGAGCGUGAGCCACCCACAUACCUCGGACUGCCUGCCAAUGCGGAGAAGCUUCUUCUCAGUGGCCUGGGUCGUAGCCUCAUUGCCAACUUGCGCAAGGUGACGGAUUUACUGGACGAGGGAGAGCAGUUGGUGACGGAGGUCUGA